AUGGUUCGGUUCUCGGUUCUCGUCCUGGACCCCCUGAACCGGACUGAACCGGACCGCGGCAGCACUAGCUGUUGCCCUAUCCCCCAUCAACGCGUGGAGCACGUCAUCGAGGGAGAGGAUCUGCGGGCAUUUCCAAGCCUCGAGGACAUUUACAGGAGUCAUAUGGAGACCACGAGAUCAGGGCAGUCCGCCAAUGUCGACUCGGCUCGCACUAACCUUGCAGGCACAUUUGUCAAUACGUUCGUUGAUGCUGGUUUUGGUAACGAUCAAUUGAUGGUGGAAGCCGACAAGGGCAACAGCUGGGUGUAUGAGAACAAAGAUCACGGUGACUGUCUUACCAGCAUGAUGAGCGCUGCGGCAAGUCUCGGACUCGGACUCCUCUGGGACAUGGACGUUGGCUUCAGCUACAUUGACAGAUAUGCAUACUCCCUUGAGGAGUGGAUCAAGGUAUUUAUUUACACCAUGACACUGCGCAUCCGUAUUAAUUACUCCGGCCGGUGCAUUUUCGCCACAGGCUUGCUGAACGCAAGUGUACGCACACAAGCAGACGCCACCCUCGCUCUGCUAGCAGAACAUGCAGAGAACAAAUCUGUCCCGCUCAAAAUAUCCGCAAUAAUGGGGCUCGGGGUAGCAUACUCAGGCUCUCACCGCGAGGACUUGCUCACUCUCCUCCUUCCUGCGGUUGCGGACAACGGCGCAUCAAUGGAGAUCACUGCUAUAAAUGCUCUCAGUCUGGGAUUUGUGUUCGUGGGCAGCGGAAAUGGGGAGAUUACGAGCAAAAUAUUGCAGCCGCUGAUGGAGAGGCAGGCACAGAUUCUUGUGGAAGUGUGCUCCUUCGUUGCCACCGGGAAUGUCCUGUGGUUGCAGAGAUUGCUGCACUUGUGUGGCGAGCACCUGGAUGCCCUCAAGGAGAAGGAGCAAUCUGAGAGCGCAGAGGGGAAGAAGUAUGGGGCCAGGGAUGAGAAGAAAGAGGAGAAGAAAUCCGACGAUACUUUCCAAUCGUUCACCGUUCUUGGUACUGCGAUGACCGCAAUGGGAGAGGAUAUCGGUUCUCAGAUGUCCAGGAGACAGUUCAACCACUUGGUGCACUACGGCGAUCCCAUCAUCCGCAGAUCUGUCCCCCUUGCUCUCGGCCUCAUCAGCACCUCAAAUUCACAGCUCACUCUCUUCGACAUGCUCUCACAAUACAACCACAACCACGACCUUGCAAUCGCACUUAACGACAUAUUUGCCAUGGGCUUCGUCGGUGCGGGCACGAACAAUGCACAACUCGCAGAGAUGCUCUGCCAGCUCGCGGGAUACUACUACAGGGAGCCUCGUUAG